AUGGCAGUGGAGGAGGUUAUUGAUACUGUUCUUGAAGGUGGUUCAUUUAAUGACCCACUGUCUCCGACCCAGAUAACUAGUCUAAAAGGCGUAUUUAAAAUCAUUGACAACUAUGAGGAUCUUUGCUAUUGUCUUCGUGGUCCGGGAAUGGAGUCUAUUCGAGAACUUUAUUGUGUUCAUAUUUUAAACCAUGUGCUUAAAUCUCGUAAGAUCAUGGUCACAAAUACUGCUCGUGCCUUAAAGUCAGGUCUCGAUGACUCUAUCCGGGACCAAGGAUUUCAUCGGGCCAGGGUCUUGAUUCUCCUCCCAACUCGUGAAGCAGCUAGAAGAACUGUGCACCAAAUAUUACGCCUUAUGCCACAGGGUUCCACAGUUAGUCAUAGAAGGCGUUUCGAGCAGGAUUUUGGUCCUCGGGAAGGUCAGGGUGACCGCGACAAGCGGAAGGGGAGGAAGCCACCCGAUUUUGAGGAGUGGUUCGCGUGUAACUCUGAUGAUCGUUUUCGAAUUGGUAUUGCAGUGACAAAGAAGUCCAUAAAACUCUAUUCUUCUUUUCCGGAAUCAGACGUUGUAUUGGCCUCCCCACUAGGUCUGGAAACGAUUAUGAAUAGCAAGGAAGAUAAAUCUGUGGACAUACAAUGCAUAACUUCCUCAAUCGAGGUUUUGGUUAUUGAUCAGGCUGAGCAUUUACUUAUGCAGAAUUGGGGAAUAGUUCAGGACUGCGUCAGUCGACUAAAUCAGAGGCCGAAGAAGCCGUCGUUUUCUUUUCCGGCACGCAUUCGUCUGGCUUAUUUGGCGGGAUAUGCCUCGCGGUAUCGGCAAACACUUAUCUUUUCUGCAGUGAAUUGUCACUUGGUGACCAUGUUGCUAGGACGGUGUGAAAAUUUCCAAGGUAUGAACCUGUUCCUUCCUAUUCCGCAAUAUCAGAGUGGCCGCCCGUUUUUCGGUUUUUUGCCCGAAAAUUACCUCGUACCGGGCCUCAAAAGGUCGGCUACAGAUGCUUUGGAAACCUCAGAACCCUUAACGGCUCUUGACAACUUCAAGCUUCAGCUAAUCAGCUUCGGAGUGGCAGGGUCUUUACACACCUCAAAUCCUUUGUUUGAGUUGUCGAAAAAUAUCGACUCGCCCGAUAUUAGUGGUGAGGAGGAAGUAUGUGCGAUGACACUGCCCUUGGGAGAAGUGGAUGAUGUAUUGCUGUUAAAAAGGAGACUGUCAACUUACGAUCUGUCUGAAACAGGUGGUCGUGUGGUACCACUUGCCCGACUCGCCACAUUCAAACAGCGUCUCCUCCCACGUCUUCGAAAAGGACUUGACGAGCGCAUACUGAUCUAUGUUCCAGACUACUAUGAUCUAGAAGAAUUACGAAAAGUAUUGCGCGAAGAAGCUCUCUCCUUUUGUUGUAUACACGAGUAUUCAGAGGACAACGAGGCUGAAAGAUACAGGAAUCUGUUUGAUCAGGGUCGCAUUCGUAUUAUGCUCCUCAGCGAACGCUAUUACUUUUACCGAAGGCGGAAAAUCCGAGGAGCUCGCAAUUUCAUUUUCUAUGGAGUACCCACCUUUCCAUGGUUUGUGCGCGAACUUCUCUUGUGUUGCGAGGUGGCACCGGCGGUGGCAACCACGGCGUCGGGUGAGACAAUUUCAUUCGGGGCCACUAAGUCUUCUGAUACCCUUUCCACUUCUCUCACUAUCCUCUACUUUCCUCCUUGGGAGGCCAGUCAGGUCAGCAUGAUCACCGCCUCCAUUGACGUAUGA